AUGUCUUUACAAUCAUACAUCAACAAAAAAAUUCUGGUCUUGACCGUCGAUGGCCGGACAUUGCUGGGCACCCUUCUAUCGACGGAUCAGCUGACGAACUUGGUACUCCUUGAUACGAUUGAGCGCAUCAUCCGGACGCCCGAUGACCCGGAACCUAGCUCGCAAAUCGAACACGGACUCUAUCUUAUUCGCGGCGACAAUGUGGUAUUAUGCGGGGAGGUCGACGAGGCUAUUGACCGUGACAUCGACUGGACCAAGGUCAAGGGCGAGGUAGUGAAAGGCACGAAGAAUGCAUGA